AUGCUCAGCGCCGAACAAUACGAAAGAAUUUUGAGGGAGUGGGAAACAACGCCAUCCUCAUCAUGGUCCGCCCUUAAUUCAGUGACACAGAAACGUGCUAUUCAAGUCGAUGAAGAUUAUGAUGAAGAGUUAAUUUGUAGUGGAGCCAACGAUUGCAUGAGAAGAUCAAAUCAAACUCCAACGAAAAGAACGUCCGAAUACAACGAUCAUGGUCAUCAUGAUGACUAUGGAAACACAAAUGAUUCUCCAUCAGCACUUUAUACAUCGCCUUCUUCCUCUAUGCAAUCAAAACAACAUGUAUCAACACCUGUCAAUAAUUUCAACGAUCCAGAGCACAGUCCUCGAAUUACUGUUGACUUGAUCAGGGAUCUGUGCUCUCGUCAGCAUUUGUAUCAAACUCCGUAUCUCAAUGAUAAAUUGUUCCUUCAUUUCAAAGGGUUUAGAAAAAUUGAAAAUCUAGAGUUGUACACAGAGCUAAAGGCUUUGUGGUUGGAGGGUAACGCAAUUUCUGUAAUUGAGAAUUUGGGACAUCUCACCAAACUAAGAUGUCUCUACCUCAACCAAAAUCUAAUCACGAAAAUUGAAAAUUUGGAAGCGUUGAACAAUUUACAAACCCUUAACUUGGCAAACAAUCACAUUAGUGUUAUUGAAAACUUGGAAGGUUGUAAUCAGCUGGAAACUCUCAAUCUUGGAAAUAACAAAAUCUCGAGCAUUGAGAGUUUGAACCGACUUUGUAAACUACCUAGGCUCUCUGUCUUGGAUCUUUCUAAUAAUCAAAUUACUGAUCCUGAAAUUGUUAAUAUUCUAGCUAAAAUUCCGUCCUUAAGUGUACUAUAUUUGAAAGGAAAUCCUGUGGUGGGCUCUUUGAGAAAUUAUAGAAAAGUGUUAAUAUCUUCAAUUCCAAAACUCAACUAUCUUGACGAAAGGCCGGUGUCACCUGAUGAGAGACGGUGUGUGCAAGCAUGGGCCCGUGGAGGUCCAUUGGCUGAAGCAGAAGAGAGAAAGAAGAUUAUUGAGGAAAAAGAAAACAAACAUGAAAGAGAGAUGAACGCUUGGUUAGACAUGCAGCAAAAAGCAGCUGAGAGAAGAAGUCAAGAGGAAAAAGAGGGAGUGUUGAAACGGAUGUACUAUAUUGAAAAGUUGAGGGAAGCAAAUCUUCCAAAAGAGAGCGCUUGCCAACCAUCCGUUGAACUUCCUGCUUCAUCCUUGGUGACAUUAGAAAAAGCAUCAGUUCUUGUCAAAAACGAGGAGCCAGUACCAGUGGUGGUAGAGCCUUCAAGACAAGAAAAUCAACCAACAGAGAAAAAGGUUCAAGUUUUAGAGGGAGAAGGCAUCGUUUGGAACGCAGAAAUUAGGCAAGUGUUGCUGCAGUCGGUACGGAAAGAACUCUUCAACUUUGAAAAGGUCUCAAAAGCAGUUCAAUCAUUUGUGUUGAAGAAUUACAAAGUGUAUGACUCGUCAAAAAAGCUCGUUGAGAUGAAGGAAGCCACAUCAAACAACAACAAUACAAUGUUGGUCUCAGUAAUGGCGUACACUUCAGACCGAUGCAGAAUGGAGUAUUCACGCUUACAUCAGGAUCACCAAGACAAGCCCACGCAAGUUCAAUUGGAGUCUCCCCUUGUAGAAAUUUGGCAGUCCAAGAAAUUAUUUUAA